UGAUUUACAGAAACGCCACCAGAGCCGUUCACAGUCUGAGUGUAGCUUUCACAGGCCUACAGCACUGCGCAAAAAAGAUGGACAACAGUGCACAAGGCGGUAAAGCAUAUGGCUUUCUCAAGUCUCAACAGGAAGAAAAAUUGAACUCUAUCAAUGAAGCUGUUCUCUCAGAUCCUCAGUAUGCAGAAGAGGAAGACCUUGGCUCAAAGCUUGAAAUGUUCAGAAAGAAAUACAUGGAGUUUGAUCUUAACGACAAAGGAGAGAUAGACAUGAUGGGGUUAAAACGAAUGCUGGAGAAACUCGGGUUGGCCAAGACUCACCUAGAGUUGAAAAAGAUGAUGUCAGAGGCGGUUGGAGGGACAUCGAAAGACACAAUCAGCUAUAAUGACUUCCUGAAGAUGAUGCUGGGAAAAAGAAAUGCAAUUCUAAAGCUGAUCCUGAUGUUUGAAGGCAUGGGCAAGGAGCAGGAGGAGAAAAGUGCUGGACCGCCUGGACGCAAAACCUUUUCAGACCUGCCCUGAUGGAUCUUUACAUCCCAGCUGGAAUUGUUUCUCACUGUGCCUUUUUCAUAUUUAAACAUGAAAUGAAUUCUUUAAAAUCCAUAUCCAAGUGCAUUUUACACUAUAUUACAGGCAACUAUAUGCUUUGAACCAAAGAGCCUACUUGUUGUUUUAACUGCUUAGUUGAUGAUAUGUGGUGUAUAAGAUUUACAAAGGAGGGGCUGCCAUCAUAUUAGACAAAAUACUGCAAUAAAAACAUGUAGGAAUAUCAGGGUAUAUGCUAUAUUGUAAUUAUUUUAUAACAUAAUAUUAAGGCUAACAUUGGACUUUUAUCAUAUUUAAAAAAAACCCACAAACAAUCACAAAUUCUAUAUUAUUAUAGUUGUGCUGUAAAUUAAUAAAUAAAGUGAA